AUGGCACAACCUGAACAUAAUAAUAUAGGUUACAUUUGCAUAACAUCAUUAGUGCUUGGAUUCAUCGUGGGCACUAGUUUGGUGUAUAGAUCCAGGUUAUCCUUUUAUUUCAUUAUAGUGUGUAUUUUCCAUUUGAAUGAGUUCUUAUCCAAUUGUGUAUAUUCACAAUCAACACACCAUCUGUUCUUGAUCUGGUACAAUAGGGGGAGUAGGGAGUAUUGGAUGGUUCAAAUGAUGACCAUGGUAGAAUAUAUGUAUUUUCGCAGGUAUACUAUAGGAGGAGGGAUAGUCGUACUGAUGAUAGGGAUUUUCUUGAGGCACCUAUCUAUUAAGACCUUGGGGAAGUCCUUUUCCCAUUACAUAAAGACUGACAAGUAUCCUUUGGUGACUACGGGGAUUUUCCAAUAUAUACGACACCCUAGUUAUUUAGGAUUCUACGUAUAUGUCAUUGGGAUCGAGAUCUACUUGAGGAAUUAUAUCAGUUUCAUAGUAUGUGUGGGUAUUUUGACCUACUUCUUUCGAAAGAGAAUUCAGUUUGAAGAAUACUGGUUGGAGAAGAACCACAGAGAAUAUAAUGCCUAUAAACAGAAAGUUAGAAUUUACAUCCCGUUCGUUUGA